AUGGGGAACCGUCUCCGUGUGGGACGCGGCCACCGGCAGCGCUGCUGGUCCGUGCACUUCAACAGGGCGGACGUGCGUCUGCUGGCGUCGGGCUCGGACGACGCGCGCGUGAAGCUGUGGGCGCUCAACGCGGAGCGGUCGGUGGCCACGCUCGAGGCCAAGUUCAACGUGUGCUGCGUGCGCUUCAACCCGCGCUCCUCCUGCCACCUCGCCUUCGGCUCCGCGGACCACUGCGUGCACUACUACGACCUGCGCGCGCCGCNAUCUCUAAUAGCGAUGAAGCAGGAUUUUUUUUAA